AUGGUCGCCCUCCAGACCGCUCUCUCGUUCCUACUGGAGAACCCUCUUCACGCCGAUGACCCCGUGAUAAUCUGCACGGACUCACAGUCCGCCCUCGCCGCACUCCGAGAGGGCCCGGCCGCCCAGCACUCCCCGCUGGGAGGGGCCAUCUGGAGAGCCCUCCGGGGCCUGACGGCGGGAGACCGGCAGGUCCACCUGCAAUGGGUGCCCUCGCACUGCGGACUGGAGGGGAAUGAGAGAGCGGACUCGAUCGCCAAGGAGGCCAGCAAUCUCGCCCAGGACCAAGCCCCCAUCGACGUCCAGACGGCCCACCGGGCCGCCGCCAGACAUGUCCUCCUGCGCUGCCCGGCCCUGAUGGCCACCCGACACCGACUGCUGGGAUCCAUCAACCCCGACCUGGAAGAGGUGCGGAGCGGCGCCAUCGUGGCGGCCCUGGGGGCCGCCCACAGGUCCCUACAGAGCCUGACGGCUACGUCUCAGCUGUGA